GAUAAAUGACCUUAGGGAGACCUAUUAUCCAAAGCUGUGCAGUACUGUUUGCAAAUGACCUAUAGAGUUUCAGGACUGUUGCAGAGGAGCGGCAAAAUAUUAAAAGGAUGUUAUUACGGCACCUUGAAGCUUGCAGUAGAUGGCAGUAUAAAGCGUGCCAAACCACCUAAUUAUGAUUUCUUUAGCUCUGGAAAUAAUUACCUAAGAUUCCUAUUUGAUAAUACUAAAACUAUGGACCGAUUUAACGAUAAUUCAAAAGUAAUAGUGGUCGAAGGUAAUAUUGCCUCCGGAAAAUCUAACGUCGCUGCUAAGUUGGCUAAAUAUCUUGAUAUGGAGUAUUUUCCUGACCCAACUGAAGACGACAUAUAUGUUUAUAGAAAUGUGGAGCCAAAUUUUGAUAUUCGCUGUCACAACUUUUUGCUUCCUGAUUAUGCAAAAUACUAUACAUGUGAAAUGUUUUGGAAUGAACCGGAUCUCAUAAAUAAAGGAAAAGGACUAUAUCUUCAAUACCACUUCUACUUAAGACGUUACUGGAAUUACUUAAGAGCAUUAUGUCAUUUAUUUAAUACAGGUCAAGGCGUUGUGAUUGACCGAAGUCCGUUUUCAGAGUUUAUAUUCGCUGAAGCCAUGCAUAAGUGCAAUUAUUUGUCAGAACGGGGAUUAUUAUGGUUCAAACAAAAUCACACGAUGACUAUAAACAACCUCUGGAAACCGCAUCUACUAGUGUACAUCAAGGCUCCUAUUAAGCAAAUACGUGAAAAAAUAAAGAAACGUAAUAUCCCUUGGGAGGUAAACGCACGCAAUCUAACUGAUGAAUUCUUAAAUGCUUACGAAGACUUACUUGGAAAUUAUUAUAUAGAGAAUAUGGAUCGUUACUCUCAUAUCCUCACUGUGGAUGGUUCUACAGUGGAUGUUUACGAUGAUGAUGAUAUCUAUAUUAUUGCACAAAAUGCCACUGAAAUUGACUUAAGUGGUCGAUAUUUAAUGCGUGACGAUUACAAACUUCUUCAAUGGCGUCUUGCUUUAAGAUACGCAAGUAGUAUAACAAGUUCCAGACUUGAUUUUUCAAAUGCUCAUGAAAAAUUUACAAGAGUAUUUGAUGAAGUAGAAUUUCCUAUGGAUUUAAAUGAAUUAACUUAUACUUAUGAAGCACAAGAAUUACAAGGUUCAGCUAUUCAUAUGGAUCCUCGUACUUGUAUACCACCGGCAUAUAAUCCAAAAUAUAAAAGUAUACUUGAAAUAAUGUUUAAUCCAUGGAUUAUAAAAACUAAUUUCAGGGCUGAUCUACCAAAAAAAUAUAUUUGGAAUAAAUGGGACGAAAGAAAUCGUGUAAUACUAUCUCAACCUUCAAAUUGUACUGGCAAGAUGGAUAGUGGGUAGCGAUGGAAUCCAGGAGGCAAUGCGCACAUAUGCCAACAAGAGACUGAGGAAUUGUAGUUCUACAUAACAGUGGGAAGAUUCAAGUAAACAAUAAUACCAAGUGAAUUUGAGAGAAGUUAGGUUUAUAUUUUCGAAAUGCAUACAGAUGCCCAAGUAAUCAUAAAAUCAUCCCAAUAAUCAUGAAAUACCUUAUUUCAAUUUACGCUUGAAAUUUAUAUCGACCCAUAGAGUUUACUUAUUU